AUGUGGAGCUUGACUUUUAAAAUUUUCAAAAACCACUUUUGGUUUGGCAUAUUUCUAUUGGUAUUUAGUGGAAAUCAACUUAAAGCGGAACGUAGCAUAAAAUUUACAUCUGGUGAAAGCCAUUUCAAUGACAAUUAUUUUGAUAAUUUCUCGCUGGUUAUACGAAAUGGCAAAGUCUUUCUCGAUAUGACAUUGAAGAAGCCCUUGCUUAAGGGUUGGAGGGCAAGACUUGAUUUUCAAUUGCGUGUGGCCAAUUCAAAGUCCUUUCAGAGCCUCUUUUCGACCAGUGUAGAUGUUUGCCAUAUUGUUAAUGCGGUGAAAAAUAAUCUGUUUAAAAAAUGGUAUCGAAAUCUAUUGAAAUAUGGUAACUUUUUAAAAAAUUGCCCAUUGAAUGCUAGUCAUUAUUAUCUACGUGGUUGGCAAUUCGAUGAGAUGCUCGUGCCACCGUUCAUAACGAGUGGGUCAUAUCGGUUGGAGACCUACAAUUUCUAUGGCAAAUACAAGGGCAAAGAUGAGGACUUUAUAAUGAGCUGUUCAGCGGAUGCUAUAAUCCAUAUGUAA